CUCCCAACGUCACAAUGACAUUCUGGUGCAAAUCCCAUCGUUUGCUUUCAUUAUGUAAAAUUGAAAAAUUAGACCUUUCGUUUUAUACGUUUUAUUAUUUUUACUCCGCAAAGGCGUAAAUCCAAAUUCAGACUAUGCACCCAAACAGGAGCCAACAAAAUUAUCCUUUAACAAAGACCGGACGAAACUAUAGAUUCCGGACAAGAAAUUAUAGUUCAGAAAUUCUCCCUGAUGUGUCGGAGUAUGCAAAGCAACUUGAGGACGAAGAGAAAUCAUUCGAAACCUUGUUAAAAGUAGCAAUAGAUGUGUCAGUCCUUCUGAUUCUUUGUAUCGUCAUCAACGUCCUGUUUUAUCGGUUUAUGCCAAUUGUGCGAAAUGGAUUCUUCUGCAACGAUACUGCUAUUCGAUUACCGUUCAAAAAGGCUACAUUUCCUUGGUGGCCAACAAUUCUCGCUUCAUUAGGGGCUGCUAUCCUGUUUACGGUCAUCGUCGAACUAUGUCAUUACAACGGGAUGAAGAGUCCCCACCGCUUAGGGAAGUGGCAGAUUCCCGGGAUUGUUGCGGAUACCUAUAAAUAUGUUGGUCUCUUCCUUUUUGGCUGUGGAAUUGAUUGCCUAAUUGUGAUUGUCCUUCAAAAAACCGUCGGACGGUUGGGACCAAACUUUUACGACGUGUGUGAACCAGUAUCCAAUCGUGGUAUCAACUGCACUUCGCCAGAAUUUAUCCUAGCCUAUGUAUCCGAUUUUAGCUGUACAAACAGAAAAUUUGCUCAGGAUAUCAUUACUCGUGCACGUCAGUCGUUUCCCAGCUGUCUGGUAGCAUUGGUUGCAUAUGCAGCGACCUAUGUUAUUUUCGUCCUGCAGUACCGUUGGGCAUUCGAAUUUGGCUGCAUUUUAAAACCAAUGUUACAAGCGAGUUUGGCCGUCAGUUUAAUAUACAUUGCAUCUGCGCAGGUAACUGAUAACCUACACCAUUGGACUGAUGUUGCCGCAGGGAUCGCAAUCGGUGUCAGUUUGGCGUCUUUCAUGUUUUUUAUUGCCGAAGAUGUCUACCCACUUAGGAAAAUAAUGGUAUGAUCUGAACAUUUUAAAGCUUUCCUUCUGAACAUGAAGUCCUUUUGGAUGUGAGAGACAUUUGGAAAAUAGGCAGAAGCGCCUCUUCCAUCCCAAGGAUGUCAACUCAGGAAAAGGAAACAGUUGCAAAGACCAAAACUGCACCAGGAGAAACGCACAUGUUCAACAAAAAAAAAUCGAAAUUCAGUGAAUCCUCUGAAAAAGUAAUGAAAACUCUACCAUUUACGGAGAUUUAGAGCUUUACCUUGCAGGCCAGAAAGGACUACUCACCGGUUUGCUAGUGAAUUUCGAAUAACGUUUGGAAAACAUGGUGCUGAUUCUCGGGGGAGGGAAAUUUCCACUUAGCCCAAGGUCGUUCUAAGAGCGGAAAUUUGCCUUCCUACUCGAAGCAAGAGGGUGGCUCCUCUUGCCUGUUAUUUGCAUUCUACAUACCAAAGGCUCCCAUUUUUUUCGAGCGUUUACCAGGAAAUUUUGGAGAACUAUUAUAUUUCCUUUUCUGCUCCCAAUUUUUCCUGGAAGACCAGAACGGAUGAACAGAAAAAUGAUCUUGCAUCCAAAGGAAUUUCACUCUCUUUCUAGAUUAGCGAAUAGUUUUUAAUCAUGAAAUUUAUGUACAAUGAAA